CAGAGAGAAAGAGAGAGAGAGAGUGAAAGAGUGAUUUUGCGGUUGAUCUUAUUGAGUCAGUCUUCAGUGAGACAGCCGUGAGUGAGUGAGGACCAUGCGGCGGACAAACUCUCUUCCCCAUCAACUCCACUGCUAUCAUCAUCAUCAUCAUCAUCAUCAUCAUCAUCAUCGUUACAAUUAUCCAAUUAAUCCAACCGAAUCGAAGCCGAGAAAUAAUGUCAGCAAACAACAGCACGGGGUCAACAACACGGGUGAGGGACUACACUUGCGUGCGUUUUUACGUGUCCACCGUAUCCUUCUCGGUGCUCCUCUUCUUCAACCUCAUCAUCAAUUGGACCAUAGCUCGCGUGGAGCAGCUCCGGAAUCAGGCCCGCUUUGUGCUGAUUUUCCACCUGCUGGUAUCCGCCCUGGUUCACCUGGGGAUGAGCAGUGUCUUCUACUACCAGAUCCACCUGGACGCACAGCCGGUCCGCUCCGCUUGCCUGGCCAUGAUCACCAUUUUGAUCAGCAGCGCCUCAAACAUCCUCCUAACGCUCACGGUGAUGGCUCUGGACCGCUACUGCGCAGUGUGCCACCCGAUGCGCUACACCUCCACCUGCACCGCUGGUCGCUGGCCCUGGCUACUGGGUGCGUUCACAUGGCUCGUGGCUUUGAUUAUUCCCAUCAGUCUGCUCCUCCUCCAACCGGAGGAUACCGGCUAUAACGGGAUGUGUGGCCGGGAGCAGUUGAGAAAAGGCCAGCUGCAGAAGGUGUUGUUCAUAGCUUUGUGCGCGCUGCUCAUACUGUACAGCUACGCGAGGAUUCUGAUUGAGGGUCGACGUUUAGGGGUGCUGAAUCGGCGCAACAGGACCGGGUGCAGGACAAUCGCCUUGCACUGCACUCAGCUGGCGGUUUACAUCCUUCCUAACUUUGUAAACUUCGUCCUCACGGUGUUGAUCAACCGGAAGCUCAUUCAGCCAGAGACUAAAGAGCUGGCAGCCGUGGUCAUCUUUACUUUCUUCAGUUUAGCGCAAUGUGUUGCGCCUGUUGUUUACGGCUUGCGUAAAGAGGAACUUCUGGAGCAGUUGAGUCACAGGUUCCCCUGCUGUUCCCGACACUUGAAGAGUGUCCUCGGCUGGACUGUGCACGCCAACUGGCCACACACACAACACAUGGCACGGUAUGUCCCAAAGAUGAAUCCAUUAGAAUUAGUUAUCCACCCGGGUACCAUUAUGAGCAAUAACUUUUCGGUUGCGAGCUGUGCAAAAUCCUUCAUGCUGAGAGCGAGCACUUACAGCACAGACGAUCAUCUCCCUACAGGUCCCGCAAGUCCCAGAGCAGGAGGAAACAGGGCCAAUGUCAGUCAGGAGUUCCUCACAUGAUUUAGACUCAUGUCCAGGUGAUACAGACAAUGCCUGAUGGGAAAAAGCAGGUACACAUCAGGAUCCUGACCAUCACGGGAAUAUAUGGAAAGGGGGCUCAGCACAGGCCUAAAGGGAAGUAAGGAAGUGUCCCUAUGAGGUUGUUUACCUCACCAACGAAUGUGCAUCAUUGUCACACCAGCACAAGACACCAGCAUGUUGCACUUGACCUUUUGACAGGGGAGCACACCUGCUGAUUGGCAUUGAAGCUGCUCAGCAAAAGACAGCAUGGCGUCAGAAUCAGUGGUCAGUUUGCCUAAUGUGCAUUCGCCCGGCCGGUCCAGAGAAUUAAGCCUCAAGUCUUCAGGCCACAAGCCAACUUCUCUGUCCCUAAAGUCACAAACAGUUCUGCACCUCCAUUUGGGAUUUAAAUGAU